AUGGAACAAAAAGAAUUUGAUAUUAAAAAUAUUUUAUUGAAGAUUGAAAAAGAUAAAAAUGAAACUUCAAAAAAAAUACAAGAAAAAUAUAAAGAUUGUACAAUUGAAGAUUUGGAAAAAUCUUUAAGAAUCCAAAAUAAAAAAUCAGAAGAAAUUACUUUUAUCUCAAAAAAGAUUGAAGAAUUAAAUGAAAAAUUAAUAGUUGAAAAAUAUAAACCAUUAUUGUCAUCGUCCAAUAAUUCAAAUGAAAUUGAAAAUGAGAUAUCACCAAAAAUUAAAGAAAUUUUAAUUAAAAACUCUAUAUUAAAAAAUGAAAAUUCAGCAGUAUCACCAUCGAUAACAACAACAGAUGCAUCAGCAUCAUUAAGUUUUGGGGGUAAAACAAUUGUUUUACCAUCAAAUCAACCAACAACAUUAAGAAAGAGUGAUGCACCAGCUGAUACAAAACAUAUUAAAUUGGAAAUUACCAAUGAUAAUAAAAUUAAUAUUAUUUGGCAGGAUGCAAAAAAUUAUCAAUCAAAAGAUUGGGUUGCACUUUAUAACUAUAAAUAUGCACCACCAGAUGGUUAUGUAAAUAAUACAUGGUAUUGGGCUGGUAAUAAAACAAGUGGUAAAGUUGAAACAGGUGUUACUUAUGAUGCUAAUAGAACUCAACAAGUUAGAUAUUAUAAUUAUCAAAAUGAACUUAUUAGUCAAUAUACAGUUGAAAGUCAAUGUUGGAUAGAUAUUCACGGUGAUCUUGGAAGUGGUCUACAAGUAAAUUGGCCAAAUUAUUCGACAUCUGGUAGUAAUGAUAUAAUUGCAAUUCAUAAUAGUAAUUUUGGUGAACCAAAAGAUCUUGCCAAUUCAAUUGAACAAUGCUAUGCUAAUAAAAAUGAUGGUGAUUGGGUUUCUGAAAUUAUUAAUUGUGGUUUACCAUAUUAUGCAGUUUAUUGGUCUAACAUUGGUGGUGGCAAUUAUAUAAAACAAGCAUGUUCAAAACCUAUGACACCAGUUGAUAGAAAACUUGCAAUUGGUGAAUAUUAUAAUGGAGAAGAUUCUUAUAACACAUCAGUUGCUGCAUUUUAUGAUUCAAGAGCAAACGAUGACAAAGAUUAUAUUAUGGUUACCCUCAAAGAAGUCGAUCAACCAGGAACUCCCGGAUAUAAUGCAAAAGCAGCCAACGGUAUAGUUUUAUCAUCUAAUCAUUCGUCAUACAAUGAUACACUUUAUUUUUGGGGAACCUAUUGUAGCUUUGAUAAUGAAACUGGUAAAUUUUAUAUUCGUCAAAAAAGCUGUGCACUUGAAUAUAGAAAAUGGAUCACUGAUAAUUACUCAAAGUUAAAGGAUAGAAAAGUAAGAAAUUUAGUUUUACCAGGUUCACACGAUUCAGCAACUUACUUUAUCAAUUCACUCUCACCAAAAUCACCAGAUGCUGACCAUUAUAAAUAUCCAGAUUAUCUUUUAACUCCAUGGUCAAAAACUCAAACUUGCUCAGUUUAUAAACAAUUAUGUUUUGGUGUAAGAUAUUUUGAUUUAAGAGUUGCAAGAUUAAAAGAUAAACUUUAUAUUAUUCAUAAUUUUUACUCUGAUUCAGUUAAACAAGUUUUAAAAGAUAUUCUUCAAUACGUUUCAGAAAAUGUAAAUGAAGUUAUCAUUCUUCAUUGGAGUCAUCUUUAUCUUGUCGAUGAAGAUAAUAAAUUAUUAAUGAAGAUGAUAAUUGAAAUAUUAGGAAAAUUCAUGUCAAAUAGUAAUAAAGGACCAGAUGUUAAAGUUGGAGAUUUAGCUGGUACACCAAUUAUUUGUAUAUAUGAUGAUUUAGUAAAUCCAUUAAGUAAUGGUGGUGCUGGUGGUAAUGGAAAAAGACCAGAUAUUCGUGAUCCAAGACUUUGGGAUCCUUCAUGUAUAUCCUCACCUUAUGAAACUUCAAGAUAUCAUAGUUUCGAAUCAAUUUUAAAAUUUUUAAAAUCUAGAAUUAAUGUACCAAAAAGAAAAGUUCUCCAUGUUUGUCAAGCAAUUCUUACAAUUGAAUUUUCUUAUGAAUUCUUUGGACAUGACUUAAUAACUUGGACUGUAGAACAUCGUAAUAAAUUCAAUGAAUUCUUUAAUGAUCUUGAAACCUUUGCUUCACCAACAAAUAUUAUAAUGACUGAUUUCGUUACAUUUUAUCCAUUAUCUUCAUAUUGUAUUCGUAGAAAUACUUUAGAAUUUAAUAAUAGUAAUUAA